AUGCGCUGGGCAGUGGUUAUCGUGCCUUUGUGUUGGUGUACUCUUGACACUACGCCACCGUACGAAGUUAAUGUGAGGAGCACCGGGUCAUCAGCCAAUGACGAAGGAUACAAGAUUGCAUCGGAAAUUCUUAGAAAUUCCAUAAACUUUUCGGUGGAUCCAUGUGAGGAUUUCUUCGAAUUUGCUUGUGGCAAUUGGGUAGCUAGACAUCCACUUCCUCCAGACGAAGUCAGCUACGACCAAUUUAGGAGGCUAAAAGAUAAAAUGCAGGAGGAAAUUAGAAGUACGUACGUGACCGUCAGGCAAGAUCUGCGAUUGCUGUAG